AUGGCCCUCCCCACCACCGACCGCCAGAGCAACAGGCAGAGGUCUUCUUCUUUUACACCUGAAUGUGAUGAGCAUUUGAAGCCUAAAGUGGGUAUGACAUUUGAAGGACUCGAGGCCGUGGAGAAGUUCUACAAGGCAUAUGCACAUCAAUCAGGUUUUGGCGUUCGUAUUGGACAGCAGAAAAAGAUUGAGAAUAAGGUGGUCCGGACUAAGCGUUUCAUGUGUAAUAGAGAAGGAUUCAAGUCAAAAGAUAUUAAGGAGAUUAAUGACCCCUUGAGGAAAAGACGUAAGCAGACAGACACGCGAUGCGGUUGUGAUGCCCAUAUAUUUGUUAGACUUUGUGGGGAGAACACCUACAAGAUAGACUCAUGGAUUGAGCAUCAUGUUCAUGGUCUUGUAUCACCUGAUAAGCGUCAUUUGAUCAGAUCCAAUCGUAGAGUUAGUGAGAGGGCAAAGAAUACUUUAUACACAUGUCAUAAGGCAAGCAUUGGAACCUCCCAGGCAUACAGGCUCCUGCAAGUUAGCGAGGGUGGAAUUCCGAAUGCUGGGUGCACAAAGAGGGACUUGCAAAAUUACUAUCGCGGACUCAGGUAUAAAAUCAGAGACGCAGAUGCUCAAAUGUUUGUGGCCCAAUUAGCUAGAAAGCAGGAAGUGAAUUCAGCAUUUUUCUAUGAUUUUGAGGUGAAUGAUGAGGGGAACCUGGUGCGUGUGUUCUGGGCGGAUGCCACAAGUAGGAAGAACUAUAGUCACUUUGGUGAUGUGAUAUCCUUCGAUUCUACAUACACCACUAAUCAGUACAACAUGAUAUUUACACCAUUUACAGGGGUUAAUCAUCACUUACAAAGUGUCCUUUUUGGUGCUGGAUUCUUAUCAAAUGAGAAGGAUGAGUCAUACAUUUGGUUAUUUCAGACCUUCCUAAAAGCAAUGGGAGGGGUAGCACCUAGACUCAUCAUAACUGAUGAAGCUGCUAGCAUCAAGAAUGGUAUUGACAAAGUUCUUCCAGCCACUAUGCAUAGGUUAUGCAUGUGGCAUAUAAUGGAAAAGGUGCCUGAAAAAGUUGGACCUUUGAUUAGAGAAGAUUCUGAAUUUUGGCCGAGGUUGAACUCAUGUGUUUGGGGUUCAGAAACUGCAAGUGAGUUUGAAUCACAAUGGAAUUCCAUCAUUACAGAUUUUGGGUUGGAGGAUAACGAGUGGUUAGCUAAGAGGGAGAAUGUUUAUGAUGAACAGGGGAACCUACUAGAAGAAAAGCCCACAGAUUCACUAGAUGCAGCCACGAGAAAGAAGAUUUCGACUGUACGUGAUAAGAUGGAAGAGCUGAUUCAAAAGGCAAAGCACUCAAAUGAAGGCAUGGACUUCUUAACAUCAAGUGUGUUGAGCAUUGAGGCGCCUUUAGACCAAAUGGUCCCUGCAGCCACACAGAACACUAGGCAAGAGGAAUAUGAGGCUUUUAUUGGUUGUAAUAUUCCUACAGAAGUUCAUAUACAUCCACCAACUGAUGUUCGUACCGUGGGGAGAUGCAAAAGAAUAAAGAGUGGAAAGGAGAUCAAGGAGGGUGAUAGGAAAAGGAAGGACAAAGAAGCGAAGUUAAAGGUUGCACGCUUGUGCAAGACAUGCAAGCAAAUGGUGUUUCAUGAUAGUCGCAAUUGUCCAAGCAAAACUAUUCAAGGGAAAAGGAGCUUGAUUGCGGAAGAUGUGCAACCAAAUGGUGCUUCCUGA